AGAGAAAUAGAGAUGGACACAGGAUACGUCGUUAGAGUCAGAAGACGGGUUAUCCUCCGGGCUGAGUGAGUUCGUCGUAUCGUUCUUCGAUCCGAUCCACCAUCGGUUCUUCCCAUCUAUUCGUCUAACGUCUAGGAAAGAAGAAAGUACUCGUCUCAGGUUCUCCUGCGGUGUAAUACGACCGAAGGUCCUUCUCGUUUAUUCACGCGGUUAAGCUCGAAGCGGUAUCGAUCGUCCAUCAUGCCUGCCGAGGAUUUCCUUGGAAAGAAGUACAAGCUCUCCAACAGCGAGAACUUUGAUGAUUUCAUGAAGGCUCUAGGUGUGAGCCUUGUUACGAGGAAAAUGGGUGCCAGCGUGAAUCCAGUCGUUGAGCUUACGGAAAACGAUGGCACGUACAUUUUGAAAACCAACAGCCCUUUCAAAAGUUCCGAGAUUAAGUUCAAACUCGGCGAGGAAUUUGACGAAGAGACGCCCGACGGUAGAAAGGUGAAGAGCGUUUGCACUAUGGAAGGCAACAAGCUAUUGCACGUACAGAAAGGUGAAAAAGAAACAACCAUCGAGAGAGAAUUCACGCCGACAGAAAUGAAAGCGGUAAUGAAGGUCGACGAUAUAGUCUGUACAAGAGUGUACACCGUUCAGAACUAAUAUCCUUUCAGACGUGUCCUAAGAAAACUUGGCUGUCCAAUUCAUACUCUAAACAUACCAAGAAUUUUACUCGUUAAAAAGCUUCAAAUAUAUAGGAGAUGUUAACUCCUAUUUAUCGUUAAGUAAUGAAAAGUACGUUCCAAAAGUUCGCUUAGUAUUUUUUACUAAAGAAAAAUGUUAUAUGUCGAUGGUUUAACGGCGGAUUGACGCUGAUGUUUUAAAACAACAUGCAAAAGUAUUUAAAGCUACUAAUAUCGAAGAAAUAUAAUUCGUAUAGAAAUAAAAUGUCGAUAGCAUAUAUGCGAUCUUUGAAUGUAUUUAAAGGUAUAAAAAUAAGCGCAUUAUCAAUUCUUUAAUGUCUUUA